AUGACUUACAGCCAAUGCCAUCAUUACUUUAAGCCAAGUAUCAACCAAGAUGGAGACCUGAUCCUGGGUGGAUUUUUCCCUCUCUACUACCCAGAACCAGAAACUGAAAAGCUCCAGAUGUCUUUUAUACAUGGUCCCCAGCGUAGAACUGUUGUGUCUUGGUGGCUGUGGAAGAACUACCAAUAUGUGCUGGCCUUCCGCUUUGCCAUCCAGGAGAUCAAUAAAAACCCCCAGCUACUCCCCAACCUGACCCUCGGUUUCAAAUUCUACAAUGCCUUUGCCAGUGAACAGUACACCUUAUUGAGCAUAGUGUAUUGGUUGUUUGGGGCCACUAUGCCUUUACCUAACUACACCUGCCAUACACAAGGCAGACAUGUUGCCAUCAUUGCUGGAACCACAUCAGCGUUGUCUGUUGAAUUUGGAACGCUUUUGGAGCUCUACAAAACCCCACAGCUCACCUAUGGCCCUUUUGAUCCCAUGCUAAAUGAUAAGGACCAGUUUCCCUCACUCUAUCAGAUGGCCAGCAGUGACAGCUCUUUGGGCCAUGGAAUGAUCUCCUUGUUGCUGCAUUUUGGCUGGACUUGGGUGGCUCUCUUUGUGUCUGAUGACAUGAAGGGAGAGCAGUUCCUUCAGUACUUUGAAGCAGCGAUGCUCAAGAAAGGAAUCUGUGUGGCCUUUACAGUGAAGCUCCCUGUCACAAAGAAGUUGUAUGCGGGUAGUGAUCUCACUUUCAUGAGUAGCAUCAGAGUUUCAUCUGCAAAUGUGCAUAUACUCUAUGGUGAUGUAAGAGGUCUCAUCAGUGUGGACAUUUCAGUGCAGUCAUUUUUAACCAUGGGGAAGGUGUGGAUCAUGACAUCAAAGUGGGAUCUUGUCAUUUCUGAGACAAACCACAUUCUGCACUCUUUGCAUGGAGGCUUCUCUUUUUCACCCCACAAGGAAGAAAUCCCUGGCCUCAAACUUUUUGUCAAGACGGCAAAGCCUUCUCACUACCCAGAAGACUUUUACUUCAGUAAAUUAUGGCUUUUUCAUCUGGACUGCUCACUUGCAGGAUCAUUUUGUGGACAUAUUGGAACCUGCUCACCAAAUACUUCCUUAGAGUUUCUUCCAGGACACAUUGACUUGCUGACCAUAUCUGACUCCAGCUAUUUAGUCUACAAUGCUGUCUACACAGUGGCCCACGUCCUCCAUAAAAUGAUUUUGGAGAAAGUAGAAAUGAGAUCCUUAGCAGAAGCAUCCCAGCCCAUGAUUCUUCCCUGGCAGCUUCAUCCAAUCCUGAGGAAAAUCCAGUUUACAAACCGUGCUGGAGAUGAUGUGUCUUUCCAUGAAACAAGACACCAUGUGGUACAUUAUGAUAUUCAGAACAUUGUAAAUUUUCCUGCUGGAUUUCGGUUGCUGGUUAAAAUUGGAGAAUUUUCCUCUAAGAGUCCACAUGACCAAGAUUUGCUGAUCAAUGAAGACAUUAUAGAAUGGCCUGUUGGAUUCAAAAAGACUCCUCAAUCUGUGUGUAGCCAGAGCUGUGGUCCAGGAUUUCGGAAAAUGUCACAGGAAGGAAGACCUGUCUGUUGCUAUACUUGUGUUUUUUGUCCAGAGAGAGAUGUUUCCAAUCAGACAGAUGCAGAACAGUGUAUCCAGUGUGCAGAGCAUGAGUAUCCGAACAUGGAGAGAAGUCACUGCCUCCCCAAGCUAAUGACCUUCUUAGCCUUUGAGGAUGCCCUGGGGAUGGCUCUGGUUUGCAUGGCUCUGUGCUUCUCUGUAACCACAGCUGCAGUUUUGGGAGUCUUUGUGAAGCACCGAGACACUCCCAUCGUCAAGGCCAAUAACCGGUCUCUCAGCUACAUCCUGCUCAUCGCCCUCCUCCUGUGCUUCCUGUGCUCCUUACUCUUCAUUGGCCGUCCCAACACAGCCACCUGCCUCCUCCGACAAAUAACAUUUGGUCUUGUGUUCACAGUGGCUAUUUCUGCUGUGCUGGCCAAGACCAUCACUGUGAUUCUGGCUUUCAAGGUUAUGAAACCUGGAAGAACAAUGAGGCGAUUGCUUGUAUCCGGAGCUUCUAACUUCAUCAUUCCCAUCUGUUCCUUGAUCCAACUAGCUCUAUGUGGCAUCUGGUUGGGAAUCUCUCCUCCAUUUAUUGAGUUAGAUGCAUAUGCUGAGCCUGACCACAUCAUCCUGGUGUGCAACAAGGGCUCAGUCACUGCCUUCUACUGUGUCCUGGGCUACCUGGGUUCCUUGGCCCUAGCGAGCUUCACUGUAGCUUUCCUAGCCAGGAAUCUACCUGACACUUUCAAUGAAGCCAAGUUCCUGACGUUCAGCAUGCUGGUGUUCUGCAGUGUCUGGGUGACCUUCCUGCCUGUCUACCACAGCACCAAGGGGAAGGUCAUGGUGGCCGUGGAGGUCUUCUCCAUCUUGGCCUCCAGUGCGGGACUCCUGGGGUGCAUUUUUGCCCCCAAGUGCUACAUUAUUCUUAUAAGGCCUGAAAAGAAUUCUCUGAAAGGCUUAAAGAAAAGAGCAAGUUCUAAGGGAUUCUAAUAUUUUUCUGCUUUUUUUGUUGUCACAUUUUCAGAGUUUGGUGCCAAAACCAAACUGAUAUAACAUUCCAUAUAUAUAAAAUAACUAAAAUCAACUUUUCCUUUGAAAAUGACUUCUAGGUAAGACACUUAGCCUAGCAGAUUACAUGGGAUCAGUUUCUGGCUCUGACACCUGGCCUGUACUUUUGACUCUUGGGGACCCUGGAAGGAAGUGGUGAUGGAUUAUGGAACUUGGUUCUGUCCACGCAUAUGAGAAUCCUGGUUUGACUCCCCAUUUUGGGUCUAGCCACAGCCUAAGUAUAGGCAUUUGGGGUGUAGAAGCAUGAGGUAUAGAAUGAGAGGUGUCUAUGCCUCAGUAGUCACUAAUGUUCUGGCAGCCAAUAUCAUACUGAAUGGAGGGAAGCUGAAAGCAUUUCCCCUCAGAUCUUGAACACAAUAGGCAUGUCUACUUUCAACAUUCUUAUUCAGUACACAACUUGAAGUGUUGGCAGGAGCAAUUAGGGAGGAGGAAGAAGUAAAGGGCAUCAAAAUUGGAAAGGAGGGGGCCAGCACUGUGGCAUAGCAGGUAAAGCCACCCCCUGCAGUACUGGCAUUCCCAUAUGGCACUGGUUUGAGAUCUGGCUGCUCCUCUUUCUAUCCAGCUCUCUGCUAUCGCCUGGGAAAGCAGUGGAAGAUGGCCUAAGUUGUUGGGCCCUUGCACCCAUGUGGGAGACUUGGAAGAAUCUCCUGGCUCCUGGCUUCAGAUUGGUGUAGCUCUGGUCAUUGAUGCCAUUUGGGGAGUGAACCAGCGGGUGGAAGAUCUUUCUCUUUCUGACUCUCCUUCUUUCUUUGUGUGACUCUGACUUUAAAAUAAAUAAAUAAAUCUUGGGGCCGGUGCUGUGGCUCAGUAGGUUAACACACUGGCCUGAAGUGCUAGCAUCCCAUAUGGGCACCUGUUUGAGUCCCAGCUAUUCUACUCCCUAUCCAGCUCUCUGCUAUGGACUGAAAAAGCAGAAGUCCUUGGGCCCCUGCACCCACAUGGGAGACCCAGAAGAAGAUCCUGGCUCCUGGCUUUAUAUAGACACAACUCUGGCCAUUGUGGCCAACUGGGGCGUGAACCAUCGAGUGGAAGACCCCCUCACCCCCACCCCUCC